UUCUUUUCAGUUUCUUAAAUAUAUAAAAUUUGGGCCUAUCGAUCUGAUGAGUUUACUUUUUGAUCUAUAUAAUUUUUUUAAAAAUCUCUAAUCUUCUUCAUCAAACCCUUUUGUAUUGAUAUAACAAUUUUGCUAUUCUUUCAGUCUUUGAAAUUUAAAAGAUCUGAUUUUUCAUUACCUUUUGGAGAGAAUUGGGUGAAGAUUUAACUUCCGAAUAUUUCCGAUGAGGAAAGGGAGAGGAGCCGCCGCGGCUGCCGAUACAGCGAUGAAACCGGCGGUAGAAGCCAACGGAUCGGUAAAAGAACAAAGGUACAGAGGUGUUAGGAAAAGACCAUGGGGAAGAUUUGCAGCGGAGAUUAGAGAUCCCUUGAAAAAAACUAGGGUUUGGCUAGGGACCUUCGAUUCGGCCGAAGAAGCUGCUCGAGCCUACGAUGCGGCGGCGAUUACCCUCCGUGGAAACAAAGCGAAAACGAAUUUCCCUUUUAAUUCCUCCGAUUUCCCUGCUUUCGGAAUAGAUCGUCAUCAUCGUCGGAACAACGAAGGCUUUAUCGCCGACGGCCACCGGUUACAUCAGACGGGCGGCGAUUAUGAAGAUCCGGAAGUGAACCCGCAGAGACCGGCGAGGAGUAGCAUGAGUAGCACGGUGGAGUCGUUUAGUGGUCCGAGACCUACCCAACCACCGCGAAAACCAUCAGAUUUCGAGGCGGUUUCGACGAGGAAAUACCACCCCAAGAUGCCGCGGACGGCGCCGGAGGAUUGUCGUAGUGACUGUGAUUCGUCGUCGUCGGUUUUCGAUAACGGGGAUGAUGAUAACGUGUCGUCUUCGCGUCGGAAAUUCUUGCCUUUCGAUCUCAAUUUUCCACCGUUGGAUGAAGUCGAUGAUCUCACGUUAUGUCUCUGAUCAACGGUAACGAUCAAUUUAUCAAAUCCUUAUGAUUUAAGAUGAAAUAGUACGAUUUCCCUUUGCUAUUUAUCAAAUGAUAAAGAUCAUUGUUGUUUUAGAAAUAUGAUCAUGAAUUUAGGGUUUUCGAUAUUCAUAUCUCAGUCUGAUUAUCUGAUCUUUUUGUAUAAAACAAUUUGUCUAAUUCAAUCCCUCAAAACAAAAAUGGGUCUUUGAUUCUA